GCAUCAAACUAAUUCGUGCUAAUGCCAGCUACUUAAAAGCACUUCAGUUAUAGUCAUUUAAGUUAUAGUUAUUAAAUUGUAUUUUCUGUUGUAUUAACUUGUAGAUAGCAAGAAACCAUUGCACCUUCUUUCAGUGGAAAUGCUAGCUUUAGUUUUAUCUGAAAUCAAACUGGAUUGUUUGGCCUUGGAACAGAGCGCAGCAGAUCAUUUGUAUGUUUUUUUUAAUAAAGUUCUGGAGCCUUGCAAAGUUACCAAUCAUCAGCCAAAUUCAUGCCAUACUUUUAAAAAGUCUGAUCUGACAUGUCGAUUGGCUUCAAACUUAUCAUGAAUAUCAGCGAGGAAUUAAAUUCCACUGUAAUCGGGUCAUUAUAUUCCACAGAGUUCUUUUUUCUAUUUAGAUGCAUCUUUUCUGCAGAGUUGAUGUGACUCUGUUGUUUUAAAUUCAAUAAAGCUGUUUUGCAGUAAAAAGACCUGCACACAAGGCCGACGGUAAGUUGAUAUCUUAAAAGAGUCUCUAGGAUUACUGUUUUUAUUUAUAACACGAGGCAAAGUUGAAAAUUUAGAGAUCUCGGCUGUGUUCAUCAGAAUUAGCUGUCUUUCAUUAAGCCGAUAGGCUUUUUGUAUGGGGGUUUCCUUGCCGGGAAAGUGUCAGCCAUCCGGAAAAGGCAUCGGGAAAAAAGGCGGCUUAUAGUUCACUUGUCGGAAAGUUGCCACUUGCUUGUUAAGCCGAUAUUUAUUUGACCGGACACACAUUCAUAAUUACCAUUUAUUACUGGCAGUUGGAAACAUUACUUCGCAUGUUGCAAACUCGAAGGGUUUAUUUCGCCGGGCAUCAACUGGGCAAUGGCAUUUAUUUCACGUGUUGUCUUCGUAACACCUGUACACUGCAGGUGCAGGCCAGUUCAUCAUUUGCUGAUGUAACAAUUAAGAAGCACGGAGUAGGGAUUUACCUCGUAUUGUUUUUUGUUUAGCUCAAUUUGAAGCAAGCCCUUGCAUGGUGUUCUCACAGCAUACAUUUCUUCGAAAAGCUCAAACAGAUUGAAGAAGGUACAUACAGGCUCAAGCCCUUUACCAGACUCUAUACGUCGCCGGCUUCAUCGACAACUACCGACAGGAGCUCGCUAGAUACCCUGCUUUGACUACAGGUACACAACAAGUACAAGCAAUAUACAAUAUUACUAGGAUUCAUGCUUGAGGAAAUACUUUUUGAACACAUAUCUUUGGCUAUAGACUCACUAUUUCACCGUUCAAAACCCCAUUCCUCAUCUCUCAAACACAGUGGCCACCAUGUCAUCUCCGAUGGCCUCUCCUGCUGCCUCGCAACAACCUUCUACAGAAACUUCGGUGAGCUUGUUUAUACAUUUGUUUUCUCUUAUUCAUCUUAUUUACAAAGAUUAUAUCUCUAUUUGUUCUUUAGUUUUCCGUAGACUUCUCAUCCAUCAAUGCAAGUGCAUAUACCAACAUGUCUCGCUGCUUGAACUAUUUUUUUGCAUCUGUUUACGUAUUUAUAUAUAUAAAUAGAUUGAAACAGAUGUUCUCUACAUUGUCCUUGUGCAUUUGUAUGCUCCAAUACAUCAAUCUAUAAUCUGUCCAUGCACACAAAAAAAAACCUGCAAACAAAAACACACAUAGCUAGUAAUACAAAUUGGAAGCUUAAACAAAAAAAGGGCUGUCAUGCCCAUGCCAAUGCGUAUGAAUGUACAUGACCUUGUGUAUCUAUUUGGUUGUCUUCUAUUAUCCUUGUAGGAAGUGGAACAACAUCUACAAUUGACCCCACAUGCACUGCUCUGCAUCAACGCUGGGGAUGAUGUCCCCUCUCCACUGCUUCAGCUUUUGUCUUUUGAAAAAUUGAUAGACGAUGAAAAUGACAAUGCCCGAUAUAAGGUUGUUUUGUCUGAUGCCACACACAUGCAAUUGGCGAUCCUCCCACCUAAGUAUAGUGGUUUGGUGCUUUCAGAGACAUUAAAGAUUGGCACUAUCCUAUCAUUGACAGCCUAUGCUUGUAGAAAUGUUUGGAACUCAAGGUAUGGCCCUCUAUAUGUUAUGUUGGUUUCUUCUUGCCUUUUCAAAUCCCCCUUUCCACACUAUCCAGAUUAUUCAACCUCUUAUUUUGCUCAUUUUACAGGACUAUAAUAAUAUUCAGCCUUGUUGUCAAAUUUACCAAUUCUCCAUUGCUUGGGAAACCUAGAUAUCUGUUUAAAGAGCAAGAACAACAAAUGUUGGGUCGAGACACACCUGCCACAACUAAACGAUCCCUUAAAUUUGGAAUUCACCUCCCACCUGUGCAGCACGAAUCUUCUGUUAAUAUCAGCCCGAUUAAAGCCUUGAACCCCUUCCAAAAUAAAUGGACAAUAAAGGGGCGUGUGACAAACAAGAGGAAGAUGCAUCAAUACAGUACACCAAAGUCCACUGGCCAAGUAUUUAGCUUUGACAUGAUAGAUAGUGAAGGUACUGAAAUUAGGAUAACUUGCUUUGGCGAUGUAGCAGAAAUGCAUUAUCAUAGGGUUGAACCAGGAACAUAUUAUACUGUGUCAAAAGGUUGCGUUAAAGAAGCUAACACUAAAUGGAAUAAGCUUAACAGCCAUCUUGAGAUAACUUUGGACAACAAUUCAAUAUUGAAGCGUUGUGAUGAUGUUGUUGAAUGUGAAGCAAAUAAUUCUCAAUUCACACCAAUCAAUGAAAUUACAUACUGCACCAACAACACUUUAGUUGAUGUUAUUGGUAUUGUAGUUGCUGUUGGAGAACCCUCAUUAAUUCGCAGGAAGGAUGGAAGCGAAGUAACAAAGAGAAUUGUAAAAAUAAAUGAUGCCUCAGCUUUUACUAUCGAUGUUAACUUAUGGGGAGAAACAUGGCAAGGGCUAGGUGAAGAUUUGAAGAGCAUGCACACAACCCAAACAGCUGUUGUCCUUGCAAUCAGAAAUGCUCGUGUUGGUUAUUUCAAUGGAAAGGUGGUCAACACAACCACAGCAACAACCCUAAAUAUAAACCCUUCUAUACCUGAAACAGAGACACUUAUGUCAAGAGGAAAGAUUUCAGAUGCCCUUUUACCGCUAUCAUGUGUUGCUGGCCAGCUUAACUCACAAUACAGUAGGAUGACAAUCACAGCUGUUUUAGAGCGUACAAGUGUUCUCUCUGAAACAGUUGAAAGUACUAUUAGGGCUGUUGUGAGAAUCAUUAAAACUGAUUCUUUUUGCUAUCCAGCCUGCCCUUUGAAAUUUAAUGGAAAAGAAUGUAAAAAGAAAUGCACCCAGCAAAGUGAUAAUCAAUGGUUUUGUUCAAGAUGUCAAACUGCUGUGCCAGAAUGCAAUUACAAAUACUUAUUGCAGAUGAAGCUCCAAGAUCAUACAGGGGCUCUUUGGGCUAUUGCCUUUGAUGAGGUUGGCACAAAUAUACUGCAAAUAUCUGCCAAGGAGCUUUACAUGCUGCAGUACGAUUUGACUACACAAAAAACGCCUCAGUCCAUUAUCAAGCAUGUCCUUUUGUCUUCCUUUGUUUUCACACUCUCUAUUACAACAGACAUGUACAAUUCAGAACCCAGGCUCAAAGCAACGAUAACCAAAGUUGCCAGAAUUGAUUACCAGGCUGAAAAUGCUCUUUUGCUUGCAGAGAUUGCUCAGAUGACUACAACUGCAUAGUUCCAAACCAAUUGGAUAGUGAUGCUUUCCACGUGCCUUUUGAUCUUCAUACAAUAUAUAGCUUGUUCCUAGUUUUUAGUGGUCAUUGACAAACAGAACUAAAUUAUCAGUCGUUGUCUAUAUCGACACUAUCUAAAGUGUUUUUUGGGCUGCCUAGGACUUUUGGUUUUUGACAUUGCUUUUGUUCUGUCAUGCUACCAAUCAUACAAAAAAAAAUCAAAUGCAGUUUCCCUUCUUUCCAGCUUAUUAUCUUAGAUCCUUUUGUACCUUUUUAUGUUAUGUAAUUAUUGAACAACCAUGUUUUCCAAAAACACUUAUUUUUUAUAACUAUAUUUAUACUAUGCUGUACAAAUAUGAUAAGAAACAAACCAUACAGAUUACACAUUGAUGCAAACAUUAAAACAAGAACCAAUAGCUCCAACCUAUGUUGUUUUAACACAUUUCCUGAUCUCAAAAUCAUGAUUUCUAUAUUGUACUAUUUCACCACGCUUUCCCUGCCCAUUUCAAAUUAUAAUCUGCAAUGUCAAUAUCUUGUACAAUGUUGUUUUAUGUUUAUUGUUAUUAUAUAUUCAAAGCAUUUUGUUGACCUGUCUCUUUCUUUUAUUGUAAUAUUUUGAAUCCUUUUAGAUACGUUUUGAUACUUGGUCCAGACACACUUAUGCUUCUCAUUAAUGUUGAACUGUAAAUUACAAUGCAAGUUUUGACCUUCCAACAGCUUUCAUAUUCUUCUUUGUAUUCAUUCAAUUUAUGUAAAUGUUUGUUGCCUUAUAUGUUCUCUCCAAUAUUUACCGCCAUGCAUAAAGAUAAAUAUCUCCAUUUAUGUAUCACGAUAUACAAAGAUACAUAUAGAUUUCUAUGUGCAUUUACAUAUAUUUCCAUACACAUACAUGCAUACAUAUGGUCCUCCACAGCUGCAUACUCACAUACAUACAACCAUAUAUGCAUCUCUAUACAUGUACAUACAAAGGAAGGCAUUCACAACAGAUAUAUAUACACAUGAACAAUCUUAUAUAUCUUGAAAGUUAUGUGCCUGCAUACAUAAGUAAAUCCAUCUGCAACAUCUUUUUUAUGUGCAUGUAUGCACCACUGCAUAAAUGAUUGUAUGUAUGUUCUUGUGCUUCUGUAUAGAAAUACGUACACAUGUAUGUGUAUAUCAUGAAAAUUGGUAUAUACAUUUAUAAACAAAAACCAUACAAGCACAUUGUGACAUAGCUGCAAAGUACCACACACCUAUAAACAUGCUCACACAAAGGAAGCCACUCACGGUGAAUAGAUAUGAACAUACACAACAUUGUGUCUCUUGAAAGUUAUGUACCUACAUAUGUAAGUAACCUUGUCUCUAGCCAUAUUCUUUUAUGUGCAUACAUGUCUCAAUGCAUGUAUACUUAUCUGUAUGGUCAUGUGCUUCAACUUUGUGCAAAAAUAUUUAACAUGUACAAUUAAAAGAUUGCAUCAAACAGAAGUUUCAAAUGUAACUAUAUAGAUUACAACAUAGACACUAUCUUUACCGGUUGUUUCUUGCACACUCAAUAUCUUGUACAAUCUUCUUUUAUGUUUAUUGUUAUUAUAUAUUCAAAGCAUUUUGUUGACUUGUCUCUUUCUUUUAUUGUAAUAUUUUGAAUCCUUUUAGAUACGUUUUGAUACUUGGUCCAGACACACUUAUGCAUCUCAUUAAUGUUGAACUGUAAAUUAAAAUGCAAGUUUUGAGCUUCCAACAGCUUUCGUAUUCUUCUUUGUAUUCAUUCAAUUUAUGUAAAUGUUUGUUGCCUUAUAUGUUCUCUCCAAUAUUUUACUGCCAUCCAUAAAGAUAAAUAUCUCCAUUUAUGUAUCACGAUAUACAAAGAUACAUAUAGAUUUCUAUGUGCAUUUACAUAUAUUUCCAUACACGUACAUGCAUACAUAUGGUCCUCCACAGCUGCAUACUCACAUACAUACAACCAUAUAUGCAUCUCUGUACAUGUACAUACAAAGGAAGGCAUUCAGAACAGAUAUAUAUACACAUGAACAAUCUUAUAUAUCUUGACAGUUAUGUGCCUGCAUACAUAAGUAAAUCCAUCUGCAACAUCUUUUUUAUGUGCAUGUAUGCACCACUGCAUAAAUGAUUGUAUGUAUGUGCUUGUGCUUCUGUAUAGAAAUAUGUACACAUGUAUGUGUAUAUCAUGAAAAUUGGUAUAUACAUUUAUAAAGAAAAACCAUACAAACACAUUUUGACAUAGCUGCAAAGUACCACACACCUAUAAACAUGCUCACACAAAGGAAGCCACUCACGGUGCAUAGAUAUCAACAUACACAACAUUGUGUCUCUUCAAAGUUAUGUACCUACAUAUGUAAGGAACCUUGUCUCUAGGCAUAUUCUUUUAUGUGCAUACAUGUCUCAAUGCAUGUACAGUUAUCUGUAUGGUCAUGUGCUUAAUCUUUGUGCAAAAGUAUUUAACAUGUGCAAUUAAAAGAUUGCAUCAAACAGAAGUUUCAAAUGUAACUAUAUAGAUUACAACAUAGACACUAUCUUUACCGGUUGUUUCUUGCACACUCAACAUCUUAUAUGCUGCGUUCAUUUAAAUUCUCUUAAAUAUUAAUGCAGAACACACAACAAGGAUGCAAUCUUAGGAAAGCGAAAAAAAGAGAACAGAAUUGUCGCUAUUAUGCACAACAUAGAGAACAAAUCUCUAAAAAGCGUCGCCUGGAGCGAAUGAAACACAAAAUGCUCUUGCCUACACCUCCACCAUGCAACACCCCACAGAUGAUCAAUUCAGAUUCGCCUAUUUUGAAUCAAAGCCUUCCUUUCUCAUCUGGCCAGACCAGUAUUGUAUCAGAGCAAAUACAACAACCUUCAUUGCAUAGUAGCAAGCUACAACAGAAACAUGUAACACAAAACAGGCAACCUCUAUACCAUCAGACAAUAUUGCAGCCUACAACAACACAACAAUGCACAACAAAUUGUUUCUCUUUUGUGCAGUACAUUCAAGCAUUGCAAGCCUUCCGCCAUCGCAUUGAUUCGCUGCCCAUGCUUCAAACAUGUAGUAUUUGUAAGGAAAGAUAUAUUGGAAUGCUGCUAUGCGGGAACCAACAACCCAUUAUUUGUUCAAGAUGCUUUUCUGAAAAUGGUGUUCAUCGUUUCUCCUUGGCAAAUAACUUAGACCCAGGCGAGCAACCUGUUGUGUUAAAAAAACUUACACAAGUAGAAGAGAUGCUUAUAGCUAGGGUUGCUCCUGUUUUGCAAGUCAGACAUGGAAAAGGUGGCCAAUACAAAUAUUCUGGUCACACAAUAAGUUUUCCCCAAGAUAUUUCAGAAAUUGCAAAGCUUUUGCCACGAAGACUAAAAGACCUCGAAGUUCUUAUUGUCCAUCGAAGUAAUAUACAAGGCACAAAAUAUGAUUGUUAUGUGAAUAAAUUCCAUGUUAUGGAUGCAUUGAGCUAUAAAAUACAACAUGACCAGUACUAUAAUGAUGUUGUCAUAGACUUUGAUGCUGUCAACCUGCUUCCUAAUACUACAACAGAUAUAUCAAAUAUGCUACGCUCUUUAGAAGAGCAUACUGAUGUAACAGGUAUUCCACCAACAGAAGACCUUCUGGACAAUUGCAAUGAAUAUGAUGCAAAUAUGUCAUCAUCUUUUGUUCCAAAACUGCCUCCUCCACCCCGCGAACUAGAUACAGUUAAGAGAACCUUGCAGUUAGAUGUUGAUACUAAUAAUAAUAUCCCUUGGCCUGAAAUAAACUUGUCUCCGAUAAAUGAAUAUAAUACAAUAGGCUUGUUAAGCAUGGCAUUCCCAACCCUUUUCCCAUCUGGAGUUGCACUUCCACUACAGCCACGUAUCAAGCAUGUUUAUUUACAUGAAUAUGCUCUCCACUUACUUAGAUAUGCUGAUCAAAGAUUUGGGCAGCAUGUUAGAUUCCGGUAUUAUAUUUACAAUCUAAUUAUGAGACAUCGUUCGCAACAAUCUGCAGCUAUCUUCAUUAAAACUAAUUUGGGAGAGUCUAUCCCAACCACUAUCGAAGCACUCCAUGGACGAUUGCAAAACACUCCUGAUGAUCAGCUACCUAGCCAAUUGUUGCGCUUUGGCGCAACUCUUCGAGGCACCCGUCCAUAUUGGCGUAAAUCUAGAAAAGAGCUUACUGCAAUGAUAUCCCAAUUGGGGCCCCCAACACUGUUCUUUACAUUAAGUUCAGCUGAUACCAAAUGGCCUGAUUUGCAUAGGCUUUUCUCUGAAAAUGAUGGCCAAACCACACAGUUUACAAGAAAACAACUUACAGACCAUGUGAUUUGCAAUCCACAUAUAACAGCAUUAUACCUUCACAACAGAUUUACAAUAUUUCGUGAAGAAAUUAUUCAAAAGUUGUUCCAAGCAAAGGAUCAUUGGUAUAGGUAUGAAUGGCAACAUCGAGGCUCAGGCCAUAUUCAUGGCUUCUUAUGGCUCCCUGGAGCACCAAAUAUGGAGACCAUUAAUUGGACAGAUGAUAAUGAGGUGCAAAUGGCAAAAACUUUCUUCGACCAAUAUGUUUCUGCUUGGAACCCUCGCAUUGCAGCAGACCGCAUGAAUGCAAUGCACUACACUGCAAUGGAUGACCCUUGCCUAGCUGAUACAAAAAAAAUCUUCACCAUGGAUGCUGCAUUGGAUUAUGAAGCAUUGCUUAAUACUUUACAGAGACACACAAAAUGUACAGAACAAACAUGCCUCAAGAAAAAAGGUCCCACAUUUGAAUGUCGUUACAAAGCUCCAUGGGUUCAACAAGAGAUGUCUACAUUGACAGUUGACAAUGACAACAACCCAUGCUAUAAACCUGCAAGGAAUGAUGAUCGUUUAAAUAUUCAUAAUCCUUGGAUGCUUUCACUAUGGAGAGCUAAUAUCGAUUGUCAACCAGUCACUUCAAAAAAAGCUGUCCUCCAAUACAUUUCAAAGUAUGCUUCAAAAUCAGAAAACAAAUAG